AACAGAGUUCUAGACGCCCUUUGGGCACGCAAGCAAUGUUUCACACCAUUCAUUCUCAUUCUCAGGCACAGACGCACCAAAGAUAGCUUCCCUGAGCAAAGUGAGGCUUUAACAAGAUGAUGGCAGAGGACAGCCGGGGCAAACGAAGGAAACAAGCGAACCCAAAAAGAAAUCAAGUAGGCAUUGAGCGUGUCAAUUCGCUGGGCUCAGAGGGGGAGGAUGGUGAUGAGGUGGGUCUGUGGAGCAUGGAGCCCCAUGACUACCAGGGCAGCCUGGACAAGACCAGUCUAACUCCCAGCGAGGGAGAAGGGGACAGGGAGGGGACCGAGCCAGGAAGAAGCCCCAGCCCCAGGGGCCACUUAACUCUGCCCCACAGUCUAAGCUUCAGCCCCAAGGAGGGCCACUGGGCAGAGGGGGCCAAAGAAGAAGGACAUGGGAGAAGGCAAACCAUGACGUACUGGGAUGGAGAGAGGGAGCAGGCAUCUCUUACGACCUACAGUCAAAGGUCAGAUAGUCAGGCCUUGGAGGACAUGGCCCACUGUGAAUUCCUGGUGCAGCUGAGAAAAGAGUCCUCCAACCACCGCCCAUCCCAGUACUACCCCCAGCACCAGCAGCUCACUAACAGCAGCCCUACACCCCAAACCAUGUAUCUCCCUGCCAGCCUGAACCUCCACAAUGACCCCCCUUCCAUUUGGUCUCCUGCGGCUCAGCGCUCACCUCUGGGACAAGACCAUGUCUCUCAGAGUCCUGACGCUAUGAGGAACCUUCACAUGUGUCCGUAUUGCCAGCGUUCCUACCACCACAGUGCAUCUCUUCGCGAGCAUGUCAAGUUCUGCCACAAGCGCGAUGGGGAGCACAUGGUGUACACUGCCUCCUUUAGGGAACAGAUGGAACAACAUAUGGCACUGCAUAGUCAGCUGCAUCCUGUAUCUGAACAUGGCAUGGAGAGUAGAAAGUUCAAGUGUCUGCAAUGUGGAAAAGCCUUCAAGUACAAACAUCACCUCAAAGAACACCUCCGCAUUCACAGUGGUGAAAAACCGUACGAAUGUUCCAACUGCAAAAAGCGCUUCUCUCACUCCGGCUCCUACAGCUCUCACCUCAGCAGUAAGAAGUGUCUGACCGGAGGAGCAGGCAGUGGAGGAGGGGGCAGCUACAAUAACGGACAUGGCAUUCACAGGGCCUCCAAUUACUCCCCUGUGUCACCGUCUGCAGGCAGUGGAAGGAGCAGCAACAGGAAGGGCUCUCCCUAUCCUCUCCACACCCAUGACAUACAUCCGCUAAGAAGGUUUGAGAGGGAGCGAUACCCCGGUGGACACCCGGAUGUAGGCCUCCUUCGGGGCCAGGAGCUCGGUAGGGAGUUUAGUCCCUUGUGGGACCCUCCGGUGGAGCUCUCUCCACAGGACAAUGUGUUCAAGGGGACCACACUGCUGCCAUACCUCCAUGCUGGGGGCAAGUUUGACCAGAUGCUGCAGUUGAUGUUACACAAGGAGGAGGGAGGGUCAAUUGCAAUAAGGGAGGAAGGGGGACCGGGGGUUCACAAUGGAGGGAGAGAUGGAAUGGCAUCGCCAGAGACAUUAAAACACCACCGAGCCAAGUUGGGUGAGGGACAAGAUCAGGAGGAAGAAGGUGGGGUUGCCUGUCGCUGGUGCUCCCAGCUAUUCCCCAGCCUAGCCGUCUUACUCCAGCAUGAGCGCUAUCUUUGCAAGAUGAACCGAGAGGCCAUGGAGGUGCCUGAAGGUCCUUGCAGCAAAAACCACCACUCCCCCCUUUACUUGGCCCCCAGACAUCUUCUCCAGCCACUACCACCAGCAGACAACCAUAAACCAGCCUUGACCAAUGGCUUCCCCAAAGACAAGUCUCCUCUGCGAAGACCGAGCUGGCACUCUGUCCCUCAGCAGCUACUGGUCGCCAUGCACUCUCCCCAACCACGUCCAGACACACUUGCCAUGAGGUCCUAUUGGUCCAGACAGGAAAGUGGUGGGAAUGGUGGCAGCCCCAGCCAACUAGCUCCAAGCAGCCCUGCUACAGAAAUGUCUCCCCCUCCCCCAUUGGUGCGAAAGGAAGUUCACUCCUCAGGGUUUGGCUCACCCCUAUGUCUGGACCUGUCCUCCACUUCUCUCACACCUCCUCUAAGUCAUGCCCGCCCCCAAAUCAGGACGCCCGGGUCAGAUAGUUCCCAGACAGACCAACCGCUGGAUCUCUCGUUCCCAAAGCCCCAGGAAGGUAAAGCCCUGGAGAACAGCACGCUCAUUAACGGAAACCUUCGUUGGGGAGAGAAGAUCCAGAGAGACCCAGCAAAGAACCAGUCCCAUCGGAGGCUGACUCUCAGUCCACCUCCUCACCAGCAGCAUCCAGCAGUCUACAGAGGAGCUCCAAUGUUUCGACGAUCGAUCUACAGUGCCUACCCUCUGUUGAACUCUGCUGGGUUAGCUGGCUCAAGGCAUGACGGGGUCCCCACUUUGCCCCUCAGUAUUCCCACUAGUAACCACAGAUUUGUCUCACCGAUGACCUUCAUGAUGGAGUCAGACACAGAUUCUGUUCUAAAGAGGAUCCACAUGGAGAGACAAGCAUUCAUGAGUGAGAUGAUGGCCCGUGGAGGCCUGGACUACAUUUCUCUGAUGGACGAGGGGGCAGACAUAGAUGGGGGACAAGGCAGGAAAAGACUUAAAAAGACAGAUGAAGGCCUGUAUGCUUGUGAUAUCUGUGACAAAACCUUCCAGAAGAGCAGCUCUCUGCUCCGACACAAGUAUGAACACACAGGUAAGCGUCCUCACGAGUGCAAGACCUGCAAGAAGGCUUUCAAACACAAGCACCACCUGAUCGAACAUAGCCGCCUCCACUCCGGGGAGAAACCCUACCAGUGUGACAAGUGUGGCAAGCGCUUCUCCCACUCAGGCUCCUACUCCCAGCACAUGAACCAUCGGUACGCCUACUGCAGUCGGGACCAGGACCAGGAGGGGGGUGAUGAGCUUCCGCUAACCCCAGGAGGGUCCACUGACCCGGGCCACAUGAGCGGAGGCACCACACUUUCCAUGGAGGACACUCCAGUGUUUCUUAGUGACUCAAGUCUUGACGGAGGGAUUGAAGGGAGAUUAGAUGUAGAGGAUGAGGAAGAGGAGGGCGAGACGAAGGGUGUAAAUGGGAAGGAGGCAUGUAGUUUGUCAGGGUCCGGUGAAGGGCUUGGUCUGAACCCCCGUCUGGUCAUUGGGUCCCCUGCAAAGAGAGACAGAGAGAGCAGACUGGAGGAGAGAGUUGGAGAGCUAGUUGACAGACAUGACAAAGAAAGAAAGAGUGCUGGUCUAGGGACUCUGGGUCUUGAGCACAACCUUAGCUGGGAAAGAGAGAUGCAAAAAGGAAAUGGUGAUCAGGACACAGAUCCAUACAAAGUGAGAUCGGAAACGUCAGUGUCCCAAUGAAAACAAGUGUGGCGAUACGAUGCAUCCAGUACAAAUCUGCUUGAGAGCCGUGUGAAUAUUUUUUUAACAUGCACUGUUCAAAAAUGUAUAUACAGCUAGAAAAGUGCCUUCUAAUGCAAAGCUAUGAGACAACCAAAAUGCUGACAAGGUUAAGAUAAAUGAGUAUGCAUUACAAAGAAAUGUUGUUCAUGCUGUCCUGAACCAGGAAAUAUUGUCUAAUGUAUUUCCAGUUGCCUUAUCAGUAUAAUCAAUUCUUUAUUUGCCAAUAGUUUACUUGAGAAGGUUUUUAUAUUACAUUUUACAUGGUAUUUUCAUGAGUCUCUCUGAGACCUCUGUGUUUUACAAUAAAUAGGCAGUGAAUAAUAAUGAUUGUUCUAAUUAGGAUAAAUGAUGAAAUAUGUAUUAUUUUGUGCUAAAGCCAUUUCUUUGUAGGAUGUAUCUAUUAUGACUGUGGGCAUUAAUCAUGGGCAUUAGUACGGUGAUGCAUUAGUGGGUAAAUGAUUAUUAUUGCUGCCAAUAUAUAUCUCCAUACCAAUAGUGACUAAUAAUUAGUUGAUAUAGCAUUUAAAUGAUCCUCAUCAAAGCCACUCACCAUAACGCUGGCUGACUUUUAAACUGAGCCAUCAGGAAGUUGAAUGUGUGGUAUCCAUCCCAACUUUAAUAAAGUGAAACAAUGUC